GAGGUUUGCAAAAAAAGAUCCUGAGAGGACUAGCGCCCACAUGAUCUCAGCAGAUGAUGCAGAAUAUCCACGGGAAUACCGGACCCUGGGCAACGGCACACGCCGCUUCUCCAACGUAGGGUUGGUGCACACCUCAGAACGUCGUCACACUGUCAUUGCUGCCCAGAGUCUAGAAGCCCUCACAGGGCUCCAGAAAUCUGAGAUGGAACGCAAGAGGGAUGCAUUCAUGGACCACUUGAAGAGCAAAUACCCACAGCAUGCCUUAGCAAUUCGAGGACAGCAGGACAGGAUCCGGGACCAGCAACCCAACUACUGGAGCUUUAAGACCCGAAGUUCUCGGCAUUCACAGGGUUCUCAGCCUGGCCUGGCUGAUCAAGCCAAGCUUUCCUUUGCUUCAGCAGAGUCUCUGGAAACCAUGUCUGAAGCUGAGCUGCCCAUUGGGUUCAACAGAAUGAACCGCUUUAGGCAAAGCCUGCCAUUGUCUCGUUCCACCAGCCAAACAAAACUCCGGUCACCAGGCAUCCUUUUCCUGCAGUUCGGGGAUGAGACAAGGAGGGUUCAUAUCACCCACGAAAUCAGCAGCAUGGAUACUCUGCACGCCCUCAUUGUCCAUAUGUUUCCUCAGAAGUUGACAAUGGGGAUGCUCAAGUCCCCCAACACCGCCAUCCUGAUCAAGGACGAAUCCCGCAAUGUUUUCUAUGAAUUGGAGGAUGUCAGGGAUAUUCAGGACAGAAGUAUUAUCAAAAUCUACCGGAAAGAGCCCCUUUAUGCCUCAUUCCCUGGAUCCCACAUCACCAAUGGUGACCUUCGGAGAGAGGUGGUCUACACUUCCAGAGAAUCCUCUCCCACCCGGCGCCUAAACAGUAUGUCUUCUGCUUCCCACCUCACCUCUGGCUCCCCCCCUCCAGUGCUCCAGUCAUCCUCGCCUUCUCGUUCCCGUAUGUCUUACAGUGGUGGGCGCCCACCCUCCUAUGCUGGCAGCCCUGUGCAUCAUGGCGAGCGCCUCUCCAACCUUCCUCCAGCUCAGGGUGUCUCACCAAGUCCAAGUGCUAUCUUGGAGCGCCGGGAUGUCAAGCCGGAUGAAGACCUGGCAGGAAAAAAUAUGGUGCUGGUGAAGAAUGAGGGCCUGUAUGCUGAUCCAUACAGUAUGGUACAUGAGGGACGUUUGAGCAUUACAUCUACUCAGUCGCUGGCUGGGAUGGGGGAUCCAUUUGCUUACCCUGGAGCUGGAGGGCUCUAUAAGCGGGGCUCAGUGCGUUCUCUUAGUACCUAUUCAGCUGCUGCCCUGCAAUCAGAACUGGAAGACAGUUUAUAUAAGCCCAAUGCACAGAUCUAUAGUGAUACUUAUGGCCCAGGGAUGGGCUUCCGUUUGCCACCAUCAUCUCCACAGAAAAUAGCUGAUGGCCGACUGGUGGAUGUUCAGCAGAGCCAAAGCCCCCACAGCCCUUAUUCAGGGCCUCCAAGUCGAUCCUCCCCAGUACGGCAGACUUUCCGCAAAGAUUCUUGUUCCUCGGUCUUCAUGGAAAGCCCUGUCAAUAAACCACGGAAUCUCAGCUCUUCAGGUGCUCCAGAACUAUUCCCUGGACCUGGGGAACGACCUCAUUCUGGAUUCAGUUCACCUGUGCCUGCCAAGGAUACUGAAACAAGGGAGCGCAUGGAAGCGAUGGAAAAACAGAUUGCUAGCCUCACAGGAUUGGUACAGAGUGCAUUAAUGAGAAGCUCAGAUGGAGAGAAUCCUAGUGAGAGAGCAGAAGGGACCAAUGGAGGAACACCUCCAUCAGCACCCCCAAGCAAGAGCAACAUAGGGACCCCAGUUCCUGGACCUCCACCCCCAUCCACUACUGGCACACCAGCUGGGCAGCCCACUGCUAUCACCCGCCUGCACAUGCAGCUGCACCUCCAUGACUUGCAGCAGAAUGCCAGUGACCUCCGCAACCAGCUGCAGCAACUGAAGAAGCUGCAGCUUCAGAACCAAGAGACAGUGAAGACCAUGUUGCGGCGGACAGAGACUGAAAUCAGCGUGCGGGUGACAGACACCAUGCGCAAGCAGGAGGAUCCCUUACAACGGCAGCGCACUCUGGUUGAAGAGGAACGCCUCCGCUACCUCAACGAGGAAGAGCUCAUAACUCAGCAGCUUAAUGACUUGGAGAAAUCGGUAGAAAAGAUCCAAAAGGACUUGAUGCAUAAUCACAGAUUCAUCUCCACACAAGAGCUGGAGGAGAAAUCCCUGGUGCUUAAACAGUUGGGAGAUACCUUGACAGAACUGAAGGCUAAUUUUCCCAGUCUACAGAGCAAAAUGCGUGUAGUCCUCCGUGUAGAGGUAGAGGCUGUGAAAUUCCUCAAAGAAGAGCCACAUCGGCUGGAUGGCCUCUUCAAGCGGUGCAAGGCAGUGACUGACACCCUGACGGAAGUCCGGAAGCAAGUAGAUGAAGGUGUCUGGGAUUCUUCCAGUAACCUUCUCAGCCAAUCUCCAAAGAAGGUAGAGCUGGAAAGCGAUUUCAGCAGAAGCUUGGAUUUUGAGCUUCCCACUAGCCCUCCGACAAACCUCCACGACCUAACCGCUUCCACCGAUAGCCUGGGCACAAUCAGCUUUGGACAAAGCCAAGGACAGAGCCACACAUCCAAAAGUAGCAAUCCAUCCCGGGGCUCUGAGACUCCCAGCAAGAAAAGUAUGGACAGAUCAGUGUCUGUGGAGGCUGCAGAGCGAGACUGGGAGGAGAAGCGUGCAGCCUUGACACAAUACAGUGCUAAAGAUAUUAACCGGCUGCUGGAAGAGACCCAAGCUGAGCUGAUGAAAGCCAUCCCUGAUUUGGAGUUUGCAGCCAAGCACAAGCAGACUUCCAGCAGUGGUGGCAGUGGAAGUGUUGCCUCCACCCCAGAGCACAAGCCUACCAAACCCCAGCAUGCACAAAAGACCACAACCAAAAUGGACCCCAAUGGUCGCCGGGGAUCAGAUGAGCUGACGGUGCCCAGAUAUCGUACAGAGAAACCCUCCAAAUCUCCCCCUCCCCCCCCACCCCGGCGAAGCUUCCCAUCUUCUCAUGGGCUUACAACUACCCGCACAGGAGAGGUUAUCGUCACCAGCAAAAAAGAAUCCAGUUUCAUGAAGAAAGCUGAAUCAGAAGAGCUGGAGACCCAAAAGCCACAAGUGAAACUGAGGAGGACCGUGUCAGAGGUCGCCAGACCUGCUUCAACACCUCCCAUCAUUGCUUCUGCCAUCAAAGAUGACGAUGAGGAGGAUAGGAUCAUUGCUGAACUUGAGAGUGGUGGCGGUGUCUCGAUUCCAGCCAUGAAGAUGGUCAAUCCAGCAUCACGGCUGAAGCAAACCCAGCAAGGCAGCCCAGACAAAAGCAAACACAUAAAGCAACGCAUGGAAUACAUGCGCAUCCAGGGACAACAACAGGCCGCUAGAUCAACCAAGGACUCUGGCACGGGGAAUGAGACUUCCAGCCCAGUCUCAGAGAAACCUACUUCGGGCAGGACCUCCAUCCCGGUUCUGACUUCCUUUGGGUCACGGAACUCCUCCAUUUCAUUCUAGAAGCUCCUUUGCCAAAUUCUCCUUUGAUGG